UCGUAUGACUGGAGAAAAUGGGAAACGUCAGCUGGGGAGAAUUAUUCCCAGGGCGAUGGAGUGCGGUUAUAUUCAUAUCCUACAUGGGCCUCUUCAUAAAUCAAGGAAUAUUUGUAACAUUGUCGCAGAGCAAAGGAGAUUACAAAUACAAUAUUGUGACUGUCGUGCUGAUGACUGAAGUGCUCAAAUUGAUAGUAUCUAUGAUAUUAUAUUGCUGGAAUAAUGAUAUCUCGUCUCUCUUCCUCGAAAUAAUCAAACACAGGCAGGUGUUUAUGCUGUACAUGGUCCCAUCAUUCCUCUACUGUCUCUACAAUAACCUAGCGUUUAUAAAUCUAGCUGCGUUUGAUCCCACGACAUACUACCUCCUCCUGCAGUUCAGGGUAGUAAUAACUGGAAUUAUUUUCCAGGUAGUUUUUAAAAAACAGCUGUCGAAUAAACAAUGGUUAUCAUUAAUAAUCUUGACUCUGGGCUGCAUGAUGAAGCAAGUGAAUUUCAGCUCUGGAAAUACAGCGGUAUCAAAUUUUCAUGUUAACAUCAACGCGCUUUUCAUAUUCAUCCAGACAAUCUGCUCUUGCCUAGCUGGUGUCUACAACGAGUACCUUCUGAAAGGCCAAGGCGCCAACAUCAACAUCUACGUGCAGAACGUCUUCAUGUACAUCGAUAGCAUAAUCUGUAAUAUCCUCGUGUUAAUUCUCCAAGGAGAUCUCCUCGGGGCAUUCGAGAACGUUGGCCCCAGUAUUCUCUUUGACCCCAAAGUCCUAGUUAUAAUAGCCAACAACGCAGCAGUAGGAAUAAUCACGAGCUUCUUCCUGAAGAACUUGAACUCAAUCCUCAAGACUUUUGCCAGUGCCUUGGAGCUCGUAUUUACAGCUGUCUUGUGCUGGUUGCUCUUUGGCAUUCCCAUUUAUUUGAAUACUGGGCUGGCUAUUGGAAUGGUCAGUUAUGCGGUUAUUCUCUACGCUCAGAAUCCCGUCCAGAACUCCCCCAAGUCAGUCACGAGUGAGGAAGAGGGCGAGAGGGCAGAGCCACUCAUAUCGAAGAAGAGCAUUGAGAUUGUUUAAUUAUUAUUUUCUUUCUGGUUAAGCCUGAGAGAAUUGCGUGAAUUUUUUUUCACUUUAGUGAAGACACUAAUACUAAAAAAAUUCCAUAGAAAAAAUAGAUACUAGAAAAUUGCAUUGGAUAUUUCUAUUGGAAC